AUGUUUUCACCCACAAACCAAACCAAGGAAAAGUUUCUAGAAGCCACUCGACAAGAAAGAGAGAAACGAGAAAAGGAUCGCAUCAAGCAACAGCAACUGGAGAGGGAAACCAAGGCAGUGAUUACCAUACAAUCAUGGUGGAAACGUCGAGAGCAGAGAGCAGCAUCCCGUGCUCAAUGCCAGGCCUGGUGGGACAGCCGCAUAGACAAGCCGAAUGAGCUGUCCAUCUUGGACUUUUAUCAAUUGUUGGGCGUAUACUGUAUCAUGGCUCGCCAUGGUGUGAUGUUGGGAGGAGGCAGUGGAUUAAGACGGCUUGUCAGGUGCUUGACACGCAACAAAUUCAAGCAUGCCAAUGCUGAUAUACCCUACUACUGCUUAUUGAUCGACAUGAGAUACAUGGACCGAGCAGCAAAGUACCUGGAGGUGGUCAUUGUGCAAUGUAUUACUGAAUGUACCUCAUCGAACGACACGACUUUAUUUGGCCCUGAAUUGACAUUCUUGCUGCAAUACCUCAACCCAAAGACAUACGUAACAAAGCACACCGUGGACACUUGUCAUGUCAUUGAUAUACCAGAUAAAAUCUUGCAGAGUAGAGCACAAACCAUACUGAAAAGAACACUGUGUCAUUUCAAGUUGCGAGAUGCAUUGAUACUCUGUGUGCAACAUAUUAUCAAGCUACAGGACAGAAAAGACACCACAGCCAAGAUCAAUGCUUCCAAAUUAUGGCUAUCUACCAUGACACGACUAACACUCUACCCCGUUGAGAAUGCAGAAUUAUCAAGCGACGCGUUGGACAUGACCACUGCCUGCAACUUUUUAUGGACCAACACGUUGGCAGUGCCAUGUAUCGCUCGUCUCAUCAAUGACAUGAUGGCAGAUCGAUUGCGGAAAUGGGCACUCAAUACAGUGAAAAGCUAUCUGAUUGAAUCACCCGCCUCUAUGGACCAACUGGAUGGAAAUGGAUGCUUGUUUCUUUUGGCUAACUUGGUGGAUCUUUGGAACAGUGACAAGAACCCUCUAAAGACAGAGAAUGGCAUGCAAAUGAUUGAAUGGACACAUUUUUUCUUUAAAUACAUUGAGUCUCGCUUUUCCGAUAAGCAAUCGCCUUCUUUUCCAACGUACCAUCCCAUCUUUAAAUGGUCAAAAGCGGCAUGGGGAAACAACAUACCAAGUGUAAUAUUUGACCACGUCAUGUAUCAAUUGGAGUAUCUCUGGUCUCGCUCGUUCAUGGAUCAGUUGUUUGCAGACAUCAUUCAAUUUGACACAACUAACAAAAGCAAUCCUAAAAUGUUUAAAAAAGCAUCGCACAACAGCCAUAACGACACAAUGGCUCUCUUUUCAAUACAAGUAGCAUCCAUCUUUUCCAUGUACAUGCAAUUGACUCGUGUCUUUAAAGCCCAUCGAAAAGUCAUCUUUUACAGAAUUGCAUUUACCCCUCAAUUGAUGCCUCAACUAUGGAAACUGAUGAACUGUUUCGGACCCAAAGGCAAUAUGGUCAUCUACCUCAAUGCAGCCAAGCAAGCAGAUAUCAACAAGGAACCGCUGGUACACAUUCUCAAGGCCUUUUGCGAGGCAUGUUCCAUUGUCUUUUUAACAUUGGACGACGUUGACAUCUUUACACAGCAAGAACCAUUUUCACCCUCUACGUUGAUUCAAAUCAGUAGCUUUCUCAAUCAAUUCUACUUUUCACUGAUUCAGCAGCACGCAGAUAUACCAAGCGAACUUCCACCUGCUGCCAACGCAUUCAAGUCAGCGCGUCGUCUUUUGCUCCAAAUCUAUGAUCUUGACUUGCACCAUCCAUUUUGUCCACCAGAUCAUUGGCUCCUCAUCCAAGCCAGCAACAGCACUAGCAUUAAGUCUUUCUUUUCCAACAUGUUCAAUGACACUACAAAAGACAUGUUGGCCGCCAUGUUUUUAGACAAGCUAAAGCAAGGCGAUCCUGUGCCAUUGCGCAUAUUGCAACUCAUGCCGCAUACAGUGUCGUUUGGUAUGCGACUACUUAUUUUUCGUGAAUGGAUCGAGUUGGAUAAAUACACUUGCACCAAGACAGCCAACAGACACAUUACAGUCAGGAGAUCACAGGUGCUGGAAGAUGGAUACCAGCAGCUAGUCAAUUUACCUGCCUCUGCGUGGAAAGGUACGAUCCGUGUAUCGUUUGUAAAUGAGCUGGGUAUGGAAGAGGCAGGCAUUGAUCAAGGUGGUCCUUUCAAAGACUUCUUGACCAUGAUGAUUGCAGAAGCGUUUGAACCCAAUUACGGGCUAUUCAGCUCAACAAGAACGCAAAGUUUCUACCCAAGUGCUACGUCCAGCGUUCAUGGUCGUCAUCAUAUCCAAUUAUUUGAAUUUAUUGGCAAGGCAAUCGGCAAAGCAUUGUACGAAGGCGUGCUUCUAGAUGUGCAAUUUGCUGGCUUCUUGCUGGCUCGUUUGCUUGGACGAAAUGUGUUUUUGGAGGAAUUGAAGGAAUUGGAUCAAGAAGUGUGGCGCAACUUGACAUUUAUCAAGCGUUAUGAUGGCAAUGUGGAAGACUUGUGUCUAUCAUUCGAAACAGAUGAGCAAGUGUUGGGCAAGGUAGAAACACAUGAAUUGAAGUUUAGAGGAAAAAGUACAACAGUGACAAAUAGCAACAAAGUAGAAUAUGUGUACCUGAUGGCAGAUUACAAGCUGAAUCAAAGAGCUCAAGACCAAACAAAAGCGUUCAUUCGCGGUUUCAGAACUGUCAUUUCCGAGAGUUGGAUUCGUAUAUUUUCACCUCCUGAAUUGCAGCGUGUGUUAUCAGGGGAAGACACUGAUUUUGAUGUCAAUGACCUCAGAAAGCACACACAAUAUGAUAAUGGCUAUUUCGAUCAUCAUCCAGUGAUCAGAUCGCUAUGGCAGAUUGUAGCUGAAUUCAACUCGACUGAGAAACGAGCAUUUCUGAAAUUUGUCACGGGAUGCCCCAAACCUCCACUGGGUGGCUUCGAUUACCUGCAACCUGCAUUCACUGUGAGGAUGGUUUCCAUUGAUUCAGUCAACAUGGAUGGUGCAAAAAUUGUGAAGUCGUUUUUCAAGAUGAAUUUGAAUAACAACAAGUCUGGAAGAUUGCCAUCGAGCUCCACAUGCUUCAACUUGCUGAAAUUACCAGCGUAUACAAAGAAAUCUUUAUUGAAAGAAAAAUUAGUCUACGCCAUCAAUGCAAAAACAGGGUUUGAAUUAAGUUAA